ACUGCGCAACUCGAACAUUUGGUCUGCGUGCCCUGGACUCGACAUCAGGAAACCCCAUGUGUGAGGUGUGUUUUCCGACACGAAACCCGGGAUGCGGAAACCUGUGGCCAGAGCCUGAGAAAACCAACUUUGACAAGUGUCAUCCUGAAGCAUAACAAGCUUCACCAUGGCCCCGAACUUACGUAAGAGAAAACGUACACCUGCGAGUUCUGCGUCUACUUCUACUUCUGAAAACAAACAUUCUGAGCCCGAGGAAGAUGUCGUCACCAUGUCCACAGUGAGAGAGCUUCUUGACGACCAGAAGAAGGACUUCACCAGCCUCAUGGACCUCCAGGCGAAGAACUUCAAAUCUUUUAUUCAGACGGUGAUGGAGACAACCAACAGGCGACUUGAUGACAUUAUUCGUGAUGUGGAGGACGUCAAGGGAAGCCUGCAGAACUCACAAAGGGAGAUUGUAGACCUGAAAGCAUCGUCCGACCAGCAUCAUGGGAGAAUCUCGGACAUUGAAUGGGAAUUCUGUCAGCUCAGACGCGACAUGAAGCUGCCACCACCAGUUUACAUCAAGAGAGAACCUGCCAGCCCCUCUCGCCAAACGGCAGUGAAGGAGGAGGAGGACUCUGAUACAGACGACUGGAGGGACAUCUGGACAAUCUAUGUGCAGGAACUUUUCUCUGUGUACAGGCAUGUUCGGGGAAUUAUCCGACUCCACAAGAAAGCCACAGUGGACGAACUGAUACGAAAGGUGAGCGAAGGAAGAAACAUGCCAAUCCCGGAGAUGCGUCUCAUGUUCAAGGGCCGUUCACUCGAGUAUGGCCAAGCGAAACAUCUGUUCGACUUCAACAUUCGAGACCUUGACACCAUUUACCUUCUCAAGCGCCAGGUCAGCAAUAACUCAACUAAACCUUCACCGACGUCCACCAACCAGCAAGACCAGGAGGACACUGAGGACUCUGAUGUAGAUCUGGACAGUGACAUCUGGCAACUUCAUGUGAAAGAAGGAUCUCAAAUUCACCAUGUUCACAUCCACAAGAAUGCUACAGUUGAUGAGCUGAUCAGAAAGGUGAGCAAAGAGAGAAACAUCCCUAUUGGGGAGCUGGAGAUCUUUCCCUGCCGUGGGGCCCAUACCCUGAAGUACGGCCAAGGGAAACAUCUGUACGACUAUGAUAUUCAAGACGGAGACGAAUUCUACCUCUUCCGCCACCGGUCAGAAGACAACGUCUUUAAUGAGAAACCUCAUGCCCUCAGCACGUGUGAUGAAGACGAGAGUUUUAUUGCUUCUGAUCAGGAUGAGGGUAGAGUCGUGUCCGUGAUACGGUGUACCUACGCUGAUAUCUGGGGCUAUGAUCCGAAUGCCGGUAGUGAUCGCGAGCAAGGAGCUCCUUGUUCCGACAUACCAGAUAUAAAGUUGAAAAUUGAUGCUGAUGCCUCGUCGGAUGAUGACUAGUACAGUGGUAUUCUGAUAUUCCCACAACGAGGUGUUGGCAAUAUAUAUGCCUGAUAAAACAAACCGUGUGUAUGAAAAUCCACAUAAUGUUACAGAUAGGGUGGAUACCGGUACAGAAAAUUCAGGUCCAGGUACAGUCCAAGUCCAAAGGAUCAGGUCCAGAUCCAGACCUAAUAUUCUAAUCGGUCCAAA